GGAAUUUUCCCUGUUGUACAAAUACGAAAAUACUGUACUAUUAUCAACCGUGGAUGUCGAUUUCGUGAAAUAAUAUUUUGCUAAACAGCUCCGCCUACGAUCCAGUUGACCGAUCAUCACCCAAAAUCAGAAUGCAGAACGACGCCGGUGAAUUCGUGGACCUGUACGUCCCACGUAAAUGUUCUGCAAGCAACAGGAUCAUUGGAGCCAAGGACCACGCUUCCAUCCAGAUCAACAUUGCUGAGGUUGACAAGGUAACCGGUCGCUUCAAUGGUCAGUUCAAGACCUACGCUAUCUGCGGUGCAGUCCGUAGAAUGGGCGAGGCUGACGACUCUCUCCUGAGGCUGGCGAAGACAGACAGCAUCGUGUCAAAGAACUUCUAGUCUGGGACAUGCAACUCUGGAAUCUCUUUGUAAAAUAAAAACAUGUCAAAUGAA